AUGGAGGACCUCCAAAAAUUACGUACGGAAGUGACCAACGCCUUUAAACUCAGUGGAUUUACUAUUCGAAAGGAGGCUAGUACGUUUGUAGCUGAACGAAUUUCUUCGUUAAGUACACAAGAAAGACAAAAGACGAUUGAUAAAUUAAUUGUUCAUCUACUCCAUCAGUGCCUAUCGCAACCUGUUUUGGAGAAGGAACACGUAGAAAUAGCAUAUAAAGAAUGUUCAACACUGGGACUUGAAGACGCAGAAACUGUAUUUAAUGUAAUCGAUGCGUUUAGUAUCCCGAAACUUUGUUACGACAUUGAAAGGAAAAAAUUCACAAAAGACGUAAGUAUUUGCAACAAUUUAUUCCCAGAUGCCAAAUGGAAAGCCCAGUUCCUUAUAGAUAGGUACAUGAUAAUUUGGCAGAGGACAGUUCGAAAUAAAUUGUUUACUCAAGAUGUGCUGCCGUCUGUGGACGACGAUAAACGGUUUCAACUAAGAAAAAUAGAGGUGUUGCUAAGUUCUUCAAGCAGAAUCGAUGAGGUGAUUGUCUUGGGUUUGUUAACACAGCUUACAGAAGGAAAAUUUUAUUUAGAAGAUCCAACGGGCAGUGUCAUUCUAGAUAUGUCAGAAACACGGUACCACUCAGGCUUAUUUACUGAAUGUGGUUUUGUACUAGCUGAGGGAUAUUAUGAUGACAAGACAUUACAUGUUAUGGGCUUAGUUUUGCCCCCGUCAGAAACUAGAGUCACAUCAUUACCUUAUUUCGGAAGUUUAAACACUUUUGGUGGAAAAUCUAAGAGUCUACUUAAAAAUUCACUCAGUCUCUUAAAGAUUGAGAAAGACAAUCAAGAUGGAAUUAUCAUAUUUUUGUCAGAUGUCUGGUUGGAUAACUUAAAAGUUCUGGAUAAGUUGAAAAUAUUAUUAUCUGGCUAUAAUGAAUUCCCUCCCAUAGCUAUAAUCGUUAUGGGAGAGUUUUUGUCCUGUCCGUAUGGGUCUGAACAUAGUAAUCAAUUAAAAACUGCAUUAACAAAUUUUGGUGAACUGGUACAUCCAUUUUCAAAUCUUAGAGCGAGCUGCAAAUUUAUUUUUGUACCAGGAAGAGGAGAUCCAGCCACAGCGAACAUAUUACCAAGACCGCCAAUACCAAAUUCUAUUACAAAGGAAAUCAGAGACAAAUUAGGAGAUUCUGUUAUCUUCACAACAAAUCCGUGUCGAAUUCAAUACUGCACACAAGAACUAGUACUUAUAAGACAGGAUUUGGUAACAAAAAUAUGUCGUAAUUCAAUACAUUUUCCAGAAAAGGGCGAUAUUCCUGAUCAUUUAACAAAAACACUGUUAAGUCAGUGCACACUGUCUCCAUUGUCGCUUGGAGUACAACCGGUGUAUUGGAAACAUUCUGAAGCAUUGAGUUUGUACCCUAUGCCAGAUUUGAUAGUGGUAGCUGAUCAUUUUCAGCCCUAUACAAGGUCAUACCAGGAUUGCAAAGUUGUUAAUCCAGGAUCUUUCCCAAGAACAGAAUUUUCUUUUAAAGUUUAUGUACCGGCUUCAAGAACUGUUGAGGAUUCUCAAAUACCAAAUGAUGAUAUUUGAUGUACCCUAUUAUGAUUUCGACGACUUUGAUGGCCCUGGAAGAGGAGGUCUCAGGUUCGAUUUCCAGUCAGACCAAUUUGAGGAAUUGGUUGUGGACUGGGUGUUCUGGCAAAUACCCCGGAGUUCUAUUGCUUUGAUGCUUAUAUAAGUACAGGGAAUCCCCUAGUUUGAGACCAGUUAAUUGUAGGGUUCCACAUGAUUCUUGUUUUUUCUGUUGAUGCCAAUGUGAAUACCACCACAUCAAAGUAGAAAAGUAACUUAUCAGCCUUUCUAUAAAGUGUUAAUAGUAAAUAAAAGGGUAAAAUAAAGUAGAACUUUAUAAUCUAAAAAUUGUUUAUUUUUAAACAAAUAAUUUUAUGAGAUACUGUAUAUAAAU